GCUGCAACUCUCGCCCGUCCUCCCGCUGAUCUCCCCCGCUUUCCUUUGCUAGCCCACUCGGAUACUCUGACCUGCUCUGCAGUGUUCCGAUACACCACCUCGAGGCAUGCAUGAGAUUCUGCUAUCGCGUGGCCUAGGAUACAUCACCGCCGUCGCUGAUUUCUCACAGCGGGUCAAUCAACAGACACCGCAACCGCCGUCCACCGUUGCUCAUCCAACCGCGAAACCCCGCGGCCGCUCUAGAGACGUGUCUCCGGUUGCUGUUGCUGGCAAAGCGAGCGAGCAAGUGAUCCGAGCGCACAUAUCCGUUUCCGUAGUAAAGCAAUCUAAACCACGGAAGGAUCUGCUCUCGUGCGACGCGUACACCGCAUUGCCUUGCACGCGUUCCUUUCCAACAACCAUGCAUCAUCAGUCCAACCUGUGCUUGGCCACUACAGGACCGCUGGUGGCCUCACCAACCUCGCUGCCACUGUCUACGUCCACAUCACCAUUAUUAGUCUCACCUUCGCCCCUUGAUCCUGUCAUGCCACGUACUCAGUCAUCCACUACCAUUACUUCGCAGUCUUCCGAACCCACUCCGCUUGGUCCCUUAACCCCGCCUGAGGGUGUAUCCAUGCCUCUAGACUACUAUGAGAGGCCCCCGUCCCCCCCACGUACCCUGAAGGAUCAGAUGCAGGUCGCAUAUGCGCUUGAUGACAUGCAUCUCGCGAAGGUCCUCUACCUGAAGCUACAAGGCAUUGAGGUGACGGGCGACGAUGACCCGCGUAUUGACGAAGUCCAAGACGAGGAUUUUGCAACUUCAUUCGUGCCUUCUGGUUGUCUAGUUUUGGAUGAAGAGGAUGAACGUCGAUGUCGCGAGGCUGAGAGGAGAGAGAUGGAGCGGCUUCGGGUUUUAAGAAGAGAGGAGAGGCUGCGAGCACUAGAGAGGCUGUGGGAGGAGAGUGCAAGGCAACACAGGGAGGCCAGGUUGAAGAUUGCUAGGAAGAAGGAUGAGCAGGCACGGCAGCGGCGGAGAGAGGAGCGGGAGGCGAGAGAAAGAGAGAGGGAGAGGGAGGCGAGAGAACGCGAGGAGCAGAUUCAGCGGUAUACGAGGCCCAUCAGAGCCUACUCACUGACGCAGCGCCCUCUUCUCGACUACAGCACCAUACCUACCGACCGAACCCCGAAGCGUCGCGCGCCCACUCCAUCUGACGAAGAUGACUCCCAAUACUCGCUAAUGCCAUACUUCAUCCCCCGCCAUUCUUCAUUGUCGCACAGGUCUCCUGCGUCAGACAAGGACAAUCUUACACUGUCCCGGUUCCAGCGAGAGUUGGCCCUUGAGGCCGAGCAGAGCUGUAGCUCUCGCGUCCGCUUUGCGGAGGUCAUCAAGUGCCUGAACGGUCCCUUGUUCCCUUGCGAUUCCAGAUCGGACUUGCAAGCGCAGAGGAAACUCCGCCGCUUCCAGCGAGAGCUGUUCGACAUCCUGGUCGAGCCUGUGGAGUACCGUGACGGUGAGCGCAUGGGGACGGGAAAGCAACAAGAAGACAUUCGUCCCAGGCGGACUGGCUUGCCGAGGGUUGGGACGACGCCAGCCUGUGCGGCAUGCUCGCUCAGUUCCGAAUCUGCUUCUGGGUCUACUGGUACUUCCGGCGCGUCCUCGUCUGCAUCGGCCAUCGUUCGACGGAAUUCCUGGUUUUCUUUUGGAGGCCACAGCUCUCGCUCAUCCAUAUCCACCACCGUCACUACGCCGUCCUCUUCGCUUGCAUCGUCCAAGUCCCCGACAAGCUCGCCGUCGCUUGUCCCAUCUAUAUUCGGCGCUGAACAGGAGAUCAUUCCCCACACAUGCCGCGGUUCGCGGCUGACUCCCGUGCCCGCAAGAGACCACCCGCUCAGCAUUGCGCCCACGACUUCCAUCAGGCAAAGAGCCGUUGCCUCCCCUGGCGUUACCCGUGGACGCUCGCUGGUACGCAGCCAGUCAGUGCAUGAAGCGCCGAACGAGCGUGCAGAGGCCGCGGAUAGCAGCAGGCUCGUUCAUCGUGUGGGCCGCUCAGUGUCCACUCUGAUGGAUAUGGCGGCGCAGUUCCAGAAGGCAUACGUCAAGGCGACACUCUUCAGCGUCGGGCUGGACUUGCCUCGCUCAGAGUCUCGUAGUAUCUCUGGCUCACGCUCACCCCCUCGCACGUCUCGCCGUGUUUCCACGCAUCCAUCGGAGCGGAAUGGUAAGCUCAGGCCGGAAGGCUACCGUGCACUCUCCUUCGACGUGAAUACCUUCCUGCUGACGGAUGACGAGCUGUGCGAUCAGCCGCAGUCGAGGCGAACGCUCAUCCCGCUCGCCGCGCGAGAGCCGAACACGGUCGUGCAGCACCACCGCGUCUUCCCUGUCCUCGCACAGCCCCCACGUUCGCCCUUCCGCCUUGCUCAGCCUCCACCGGGACCGCGCCUGCGGCCCGUGGCGAACCCGGUGCUGCUGCGCCUGCAGGCGCUGCAGAACGUGUGCGCUGACCGUGCGCUGCCGUGGGAGGGCCGCGCGCGUGAAGGGCGCAUGAGUGCGGGCAAGGAGAAGCUGUUGGGCAUUGCGUGGGAGGGGAUUGGACGCAGUGGGCUCGGAUGGGAGGUGCGCGAUGUGGUGUGCUAGGCAUGGUAUGCAUAUUGCUCUUUAUUUCGCAUUUUUGCCCGUAUAGACGGCUAUGCUUAUUCUUGCAUUUGUACUAAUGGACAAUCAUUGCAUGGUAUGUUAUGCCCUAUAAAUUACUCGCUAGCCUUGGUCGCUCUCGUCGCGCAUCGUAGAUAUUGUACUUUCAUAGGAGCUAUACCCGCCCAAGAUCGCGUUGUUGUAACCUUCUGUACGUUUAUGCCUGUGCAAUCACUAUCGCCGUCAUAUUGUCCUUCGUACACUUCAUUGUUUGGGAGCGCUCGAAGUGCCAUUGGAAACAUGGUAUAGUUCAACACGAAAUAAAGUAUGCGAAAAACGCGAAGUUACCAUAUACUAUCACUGACUCAAAUCCAACCCACUCUGUGCCUGCCAUGGUCUGUCCUGCAUCAGCUGAUGGUUCGCCGCAUCCCACAAUGGUCCCGCCCCGCGCCCCCGCUG